CCAAGCUUGUAGUCGUGGGCAUGGCCAUCCUUGUAAUCCUGCUGCAGGUGUCGACGUGCGCCGUGGCCCGGCACCACGCCAAGCCGGACCCGUGCGCCAGCGAGGACGACUCCGUGCCGGGCAUGCUGCACAAGCACAAGCACAAGAAGCCCCACUGCCCCUCGCCGGGCGGCACCGGUGGUGGCGGCGGCGGCGGCGGCACCCCAGGCGUGAUGACGGUGAACGGCUUCGAGAAGGGCCAGGAGGGCGGCCCGCCGUCGGAGUGCGACGGCAAGUUUCACAGCAACAAGGAAAUGAUCGUGGCGCUGUCGACGAGGUGGUACGCGGGCGGACGCCGGUGUGGCAAGAUGAUCAACAUCACCAGCAAGAAGAACGGGCGCACCGUGCAGGCCAAGGUGGUGGACGAGUGCGACUCCAACCACGGCUGCAAGACCAACAUCGUGGACACCUCCGAGGCCGUGUGGAAGGCGCUCGGGCUCGACAGCAACAUCGGCGAGGUGCCCGUCACAUGGUCCGACGCCUGACACCAUGUAUUCCCCGGCCAUGGAUUCCAGGUUGCUCGAAGCCAGUCACGUACGGUGUGCGUGGGAAAGUUCUCUAGCUGUUUCCUCG